UGACGAAUAGCGAAAUUAUCAGGUAAAGGUCAUAAAGAGGUAUAUCUAUAAACAGCCCCGUGAAUCUUCAAUCAAAGAAGUGAAAAAUGUAUCCAUCCCUCAGCCUUAUUUUCAUAUUGUUGGUGUCCAUUUUCCUUUAUGUUCAAGGUGACAGAAGCUGUAUAAGACAGGGUGGUGUUUGCCAGGUUAACAGUAAACCAUGUGACAACAGUUAUAUCAGGGGACUGUGCAAUGGAGCCGCGUCAAGGCAGUGCUGUAUUUCAAAUGCAGUUAAAGAUCGUCCGUGCAAAAACAAAGGAGGCAAAUGUCAAGAGAAUCGUCUUUCCUGUAGUGGUAGCUACCAGAGGAAUCUGUGUGGAGGAGGAGCCACGAGACAGUGCUGUAUUCCAAGUUCAGGUACAGGUGGUAGUUGUUCUUCAGCCAAAGCCAUAGCCUGCAAAAUUAAGAAUUCUAGCAAGAUAUCUUUACUGAGAACCAAUCCUUCCGGCGUCAAUGACGGAGCCGAUCCCCACUCUAACAUCAGAGACGCUUGUAAGGGGAAACCAGCCAAACGCUCAAGCUAUUCUUGUAAAGAAGGGAAAUCCCCAGGAGGAACAGUGUGCCUGGAUUCAAGAAUUCUACAGUACAUCUAUAACCUUGGAACAUCCACUAAAUACCAAUUUCAGGUGAAUGCAAUAGCUGGAGCCUGUCACUCUACCACAUCAAAACACUACCAAGGUAAGGCUGUAGAUUUCCAGCUACACGGGAGCGGAUCCAGUAGGUCAGCCCAGGAAAAAUCCUUCCGGGACGCAUGCACUAGAGCUGGCGGAUGGUCACAUGGUGGAACUCACGUGCAUUGCCAAAUAGUUUGAUGAUGAAGUCAAGAAUGAAAGGAGAAGAGGAGAAAGACUUUUUGUAUUAUAGUUACAUUUAUCAAAGCUAAAUUGUUUUGAAUCUAAUACAUACGUUUUCUCGCUAUGUGGAAUUGAAUUGUAAUCUGAAAAAUAAAUUAUAUUUAUUUUACAUUC